AUGUUUGGGAAUCGGGGCACGUCGGCUAAGUUUUUCUGGCGUUUGCCAAAUGGGGUCAUGUCGAAUCGUGACAACGCUUUAGUCGUUAAGAAGAAGUCGACAUCGACUUUCUUACUAAUUAUUAAGAAGAGAUGGGUGGUGGGGAAUUUUUUUUCGGCGGACGUGCCAGCUGUUGGUGCAGUGGUUGCAGUGGAUUGGGAGUGCUUCACCGGCAUGUUUUAUACCACAGGAUGUGUUAUCCAUUGUGGUAUACCACUAGAGAACCCAGCAGUUUUCAACAAUUUGAUUGGGGUGGUUGAAGACAAAGGAAAAGGUACUGCAAAAAGGUUAUAUCGGUGGUUUCCCCAGCACUCUCAUAGGUACAUCGAAUGCGGCCGAUCGCGAAAUGCAGUAGGAAAGCUAAAAGCUACUGUAACGUUUGUCGGAGAGCCUGAUGGAUACCGGUGGACGCUUUGCACAGUUGAUGAGUAUCAUAAGACUGGUAGUGAAGAGGCUCCUGACCAACCUUUACCGUACAGAGGUGUUGUUGGAGCUAUUAAGAAGGGAUAUACUAACGCAGUCAAUUUUAUAACAUCUCGUCACUUCCCUAAAGAUGUGCGCUUUUUCACGGGAACAAAUGUGAAUCCGGAGCUUCUCGAUGCUUUACUUGGCUGUGAAGUAUACUUUGAUGCUUGCAAAGAUCAAAGAAUUGAACAAUCGUCGUGUGUUGUUGGGCCAGUCAUUCCGAUAACUACAUAUAACUUGAACACGUCCCGAGACGGUAAUUUCUUCAAGUUGGAUGUAAUUGUCGAGCAUAUUGGUUGUACGGAUGAACACGGGAAUAAUAUCGUAUGGAGUGAUAGGUUGGAAUUCGUGGUCGACUCGGACGGCCGCUUUGGAGACCUCGCGUAUGGCCUUUAUCGUGUCAACGCUGUACGACAUUAUAAGCAGUACGAAUUCACAAAAUGGAGAGUUAUGAAAGUACGCCAGCUCAUUAAACCGUUCGAAGAAGGUGGUAUACGCGCUGGUCGUUCCGUGCGUGAAUCUCCAUCUUCGACGAAACAAUGCGUAAAACAGAGGGAAGCAGAUGGCGAUGGGGUCCGUAACCACACUGCUGCGAACGGACCCACUAAGAAGUUUGAUAUUUCUCCAAAAACAUGCGAUAAUCUGCAGGACUCUGUAGCGGUGAAUGUGUCAGAGGGAAAAGCUUGUUCUGUAGGUAAGCCACUUGCUUCCUCGACGCAUUACCGAGAAGAAGUGCUCACUCGUGAAAAAGAAAAUUCGGAGGAUGCUGGGUUAUGGGCAAAACACAUCGCCUUGCAAUUAGGCCUCUUCCUUCCUUCUUCCUUGAAAUGA